UCGAAGUUUGUGCACUGAAGAGUUCAGCAGCAGUAACGAUCAUAGGAAAGUGGGAGUUGAUUGGACUAGGAUUAUAAAAAAGUUAAAAUGAAGCUACUAAUUGGACUGUUGCUAGUGGGACUAGCAAUCGAAGGUCGUGCACAGCUCACCUGUUUCAUUUGUGACAAUUGUGGAGAUCCGUUUGAUCGCACUGGACAGACUGCACAGAGUUGCCCACAGUCAAUUAUUACCCCAGUACCUCCUCCAAUUGAUGGAACCACUGCGAUACCACCACCACCAACGCCAGGGGGACCGGAUCUUACACCACCAGCACCAAUAGGACCAGGGACUGAACAGCCAACUGUGCCGCCACCUGUGCUACCACCUGUGCUACCACCUGUAGUGCCAGAACCGGGACCGGAAGAUGGUCCAAUCCUCACCCCUCCUCCAAUUGGUCGCAGGAAGAGACAAAUCGUAAACCCAGUCUCUCAUCGAUGCUUCGUUAUGACUCACAAUGGAGUCACCCGACGAGGAUGCACCCCUCAUGGAAACGAUCAUAUGGAAACGUGCCGGACCAUAAACGCAGGACAGCAGCCCAACGAGUGUCGCUUGUGCGAUUGGUCCGAGUGCAACAGUGCCAGCGGAAUAACCGCUUCGAUAGUAACACUCCUGGCAGCUGUAUUAAUUGCGCUAAGGUUGUUCUAAAUUGUGUUGACGUGAUUAACCGAGAUGAAAUUACACCAAUGUGCCAAUCUCCCUCUAACCGUGUGAUCGUUAUUAUUAUAGUCGUCGAAAACCAAUCACCAGAAUGCUCAUACUCAGCACCCUUUAAUUUGUCUAGCGAGCACUAUGACAGCGUAGAUCAAUGAUAAA